UUGAGUUGCUUUUCAUGCACCUUAAAGUGAUUAAAUGACAAACAGCUUUCCACAGUAAGAGAGUUGUCCAUCAUGACUGCAAAGAGCCAUCCAGCAGCAAUACGAUUUGUUCCUGACCAGCAUCCGAGAGAAUGCGAGUUGGAUAACGAUCUUUCUUCUGAUUUGCCAGACAGGGAACCCUCAAGAUGUCUUAUACUGAGGGGAAAUGGGGAGCUUUCACUUCUUGAUUUGGUUGAUGGACGAGAAAGGGAACUUACAGACUCAGUUGAACUAUUUUGGGUGACAUGUGGUCAAUCGGAGGAAAAGACAAAUCUUGUCGAGGAAGUAUCUUGGCUAGAUUAUGGGCACCGAGGAAUGCAGGUUUGGUAUCCUUCUCUAGGGGAAGACCCUUUUAUGCAAGAGGAUUUCCUGCAGUUGGAUCCAGAGUUGGAAUUUGAUCGCGAGGUGUAUCCCCUGGGACUUUUACCAAACGUUGGUGUUGUUGUUGGAGUUUCUCAGAGGAUGUCAUUUUCGGCAAGCGCAGAGUUUCCAUGUUUUGAGCCUACACCCCAGGCUCAGACUAUACUACAUUGCCUGCUCCGCCACCUCCUUCAGAGAGACAAAAAUGAAGAGGCGUUACUCUUAGCACAAUUAUCAGCAGAGAAACCUCACUUCUCCCAUUGUCUGGAGUGGCUUCUUUUUACUGUUUUUGAUGCCGAGAUUUCUAGGCCAAAUCCAAACCGGAACCAGAUUUCAGGACCUGGACAUCUUAAAAAGUUAUCUCUUUUGAGAAAAGCCUGUGAUUUAAUCAAAAAUUUCCCGGAGUACUAUGAUGUGGUAGUGAAUGUAGCCAGAAAAACUGAUGCCCGACACUGGGCUGAUUUAUUUUCUGCUGCUGGGAUAUCAACAACGUUGUUUGAAGACUGCUUCCAGCGAAGAUGGUAUCGAACUGCAGCGUGCUAUAUACUUGUGAUUGCCAAACUGGAAGGUGUUGCUGUCAGUCAGUACUGUGCAUUGCGGCUAUUGCAGGCUACACUUGAUGAGUCCCUUUAUGAUCUUGCUGGAGAGCUAGUGAGGUUCUUGCUAAGAUCUGGAAGAGACAUUGAGCAGGCGCCAACAGAGUCAGAUUCAUUAUCACCUAAGCUUCUCGGGUUUCUUAUUUUCGGUUCCAGCCACAAGAAAUCAUCACUCGAUAAGAGCUCCUCGUUCAAAGAGCAAAGUCCUCAUGUUGCUUCUGUAAAGAGCAUACUUGAAAGUCAUGCCAGUUACUUGAUGUCUGGUAAAGAACUUUCAAAGCUUGUUGCAUUCGUCAAAGGCACCCAGUUUGAUAUUGUGGAUUUUCUUCAACGAGAAAGAUAUGGUUGUGCGCAGCUGCAGAAUUUUGCUGCAGGACUUGAGCUGAUUGGGCAAAAGCUGCAAAUGAGUGAGCUACAGAACCGGUUAGAUGCAGAGUUUCUAUUGGCUCAGAUGUGUUCUGUCAAGUUCAAAGAAUGGAUAGUUGUUCUUGCCACUCUAUUACAACGGUCCGAGGUUCUUUAUGAUAUUUUCCGGUAUGAUCUACGGUUGUGGAAAGCAUAUAGCAUGACAUUACAGUCUCACCUGGGUUUCGCUCAGUACCAUGACUUGCUUCAGAUUUUAGAGGAUAAACUCUCAGCGACCGCUAGAGAAGAAAGCAAUAGAGGUUCCAUCUCUUGAUAAUAUUGUUUAUUUCUGAAGCUUUUUUCACGUUAACAUUUUCUGCCUGAGUUUUCACUUUUCGUGUAGAUAAACAUAAGUUUAGAAGAAAUGAGAAUUACAUCCCCACACUACGCAA